AGUCUGCAGGAGUUGAACCUCAGCCUCAAUCCUUUGGGUGACGGCUGCUCUCAGUCUAUAGCCUCUCUCAUCAAAUCCUGCCCUCUACUGAGCACGCUCAAACUCCAGGCCUGUGGGCUCACAGCCAAGUUCCUGCAGAAUUUCGCUCUGACCUGCACAAUGAAAGGGACGAGGCACCUGAAAACUCUGAUCCUCUCCAACAACGACCUGGGAUUAAAAGGGGUCCAGUUUCUGCUGAAGAAUCUUCCUCAUGACAUCCUUUCACAUCUCGAGAUCUCCUCGGUAACUUGUAACCAGGACAGGCAAUUCCUGGAGCUGGUUGCGAGGUACCUCACCCAGGAAGGCUGUGUUUUGGCUCAUCUUAAUCUUUCGAAAAACUCAUUGACAGAUGAUUCCAUCCAUGACUUUGCCAG